GCGCCGCGCCCCGGCGCUCAGUUCGCCCCAGCUGCCUUCCGAGCCUGCCCCUGCCCGGUGCGACCCCGCCAUGUCCGCGGCCAUGAGGCAGAGGUUCGACCAGUUUCUGCACGAAAAGAACUGCAUGACCGACCUCUUGGCCAAGCUGGAGGCCAAGAGCGGCGUGAACCGCAGUUACAUCGCGCUCGGUGCCGGUGGGCUGGUGGCGCUGUACCUGGUGUUCGGCUACGGUGCGUCUCUGCUGUGCAACCUCAUCGGCUUCGCCUACCCGGCCUACGUUUCGAUCAAGGCCAUAGAGAGCCCCAACAAGGACGACGACACUCAGUGGCUGACCUACUGGGUAGUGUACGGCGUUUUCAGUCUUGCUGAGUUCUUCUCGGAUCUCUUCCUGUCCUGGUUCCCCUUCUACUAUAUGCUGAAGUGCGGCUUCCUGCUGUGGUGCAUGGCCCCCAGCCCAUCCAAUGGCGCUGAGCUCCUGUACAAGCGAGUCAUCCGGCCCAUCUUCCUGAAGCAUGAGUCCCAGGUCGACAAUGUGGUGAAGGAUCUGAAGGACAAAGCUAAGGAGACCGCAGACACUAUCACUAAAGAAGCCAAGAAAGUGGCCGUGAAUCUACUGGGUGACGAGAAGAAGAGCACCUGAACUGCACAGAGCCUGCGCCCGCGGCCCCCUCCGACCCACCUCCCACAAGAGCUUGUAUUCCACUGGGCUGGGGGCGCCGUGCAGGAAUGUUGCCUUGAAACAUCCGAUCUGUUAGAAAGAGGAGUGUGUGCUACAUCUGUCUAUCCACAAGGAACAUUUUAAUCUGAACAUAAUGCAAGGGGCAGUGUCCAAAGUAUUAGAAAAUUUGUUGCCUCUAGGUAGGGUAUGUUGUGCCUGAAUGAAACUUAAGUCUCUCUCCUGGCUUUGUGCUUCCUGAUCUCUGCAUGCAUUUUCUCUGUGUAUUUUGGGGUACUCUGUAGGGUUCUGUUUUGUGUGCUGUGCAGUUUUGUGUGGAAUGUUUCUGAUGUCUUUGUGUGCACAUACAUGUGGGGAGAUGCCCACUGGUCAUGACAGGGAGUGUCUGCAGCCAGAGCAGGUGGGUGAGGUUGGGUGUUGCUGACCUGGUGGUUUCCAACCAGCCCAGCUGUGUAAAGCUGCUGCUUCAGUGAUGCCUGGGGGAGUGUGUGACAGUUGCCAUUUGAAGUCCAGCCGCUGUCGCCAUGACUCGGGACUUGUGGUAAAGCUGCUUUCUUAGAUUGUUCUUCAGAUGUUAAAACCACCCUGGUUUCACCUUUCCCCUUUAAAGCUGGAAGGGAACCUCAGAGAUUUGCACAUCUGAAACAUUUCCUCCAAGGACUUCAAGCCACCAAGGACAGAGGCCUCAGAGUGGGCCUGUGGGAAGGAUCGUGACUGUCUACUCCGAAUGGUCAGGUCCAGCAGCCAUCACCUUCCUUCCUUGGCCUUCUAGAUCAGACUCAAGGUCUUCGUAGUUUACCUGUCAGAAUUAUCUGUAGACUAUUUACAUACAUCACUUUAUGCUCCUUUUGGUAAAAUGGAUUUAACUACAGACCAAAAAUGUUUAAAAUCAGUAUUUCCAGGUUGACAAGCCAAACAGGUUACAGAGGCCUUGACAACUUGUCAAGUAAAAUUUUGUUGACUAUUGCUGAAGUCCCUCUGAAUUAGACCAAACAGAAUAAAAUAAGAAUAUAACAAAACUGAAUGCCCAACCUAUAAACUCCAAGGCACAUUCAGAUGACCCUCCUUUAGAUAACAAUAUCAUACUGAUGGUUCAUGAUGUAAAAAUAUUAAAGCUUUCAAAAAUAACCCAGAUAAAAUGGAUUAGGGUAUUAAUUCUUGGUUGGGAAAAACAGUGACCCAAAGGCAUUUUAGUAUGCUUACCUGAGGUGGGGAGGACUUUCAGAAAACAAAGAGGAGGAAAUUAUUCAGAGAAAAGCCUUGGGCUAAAAACAAAAAACAAGUGGGCAGGCACUGGAGAGCUGGUGUGGUUGGUGUGGUGGGUGGGGCUUCCUUGCACACAGCUGGCACAAGCUUCGCUUCAGUGAUCCCCAAGCACAGCCAUAUGUGGCCUCAAAGUCCAACAGAGUAUCUCGUAAAGCAUGACUUCUCCUCCCCUGCAAACUGGGUCGCUGUUAGCGUGUUCGUGAUCGGUGUGUUGGAAUCUAGAACAUGUAAGGCUCCGUAGGCAGGUGCUGUCUGGCAGGAGGGAGUGGCCGGGAACCUCCAGUGGCUCCUAACUGCGGUAAGACCAUGUCUUCAGAAGGCAGCUCCUCCAUACAUUCUAGAAGAAACACUGGUUUUGGCAGUCCAGCGUUCAUACAGAUCAUACUAAUGACAAGUUAUGAGUGAUUCUCAGUUUAUACUUCUCUAAUACAUGACCAUGGAUAGAGUACUUAGUAAUUGAGCAGAAUAUAAGCAUUUAUUUGUACGUAGUGUUUUGACUAUGAAAAAUCAGAGUCCUACAGUUGCGUGUGCGCGCGCACACACACACACACACAUGUAAGGAUUUUAGAUCAUUACUACAAGCCUGGGGUGUGUCAUCUACAACAGUCUGAAAAAGAGCAUAGCCUUUAAAAUAAGUUAUUGCUGAUCCCACUUACCUUGAAGAUGUGGUGUGGUUACAGAUGUAAAUAAAAUUCUGUUACUCGUUGCA